AUGUCUGCACAACCAUCAACUAAUGAGGAAUCUGGGACAGGAGCAAGGGACCAACCACCAGCUAAGGCAAUAACUAAAAAGAAGAGAAGUAUUAUUGGAGAACAUUAUUACAAAGAGUUCUCUAUGGAAUUUUGGAAAGAACCUGGAUCACAAUGUUCUAUGACGCUAUCAACACUCUCAACACCUAGUCCUCUCAAAACCAGGUCUGAUACUUCUUCCUCUCCACAUAAACAAACCAAAUCAUCAAGACCUGUAACACCUUCUACUGAGACUCCCAUAGUCUCUAGACCU